UAGGGAUAGUGUAUAAAACAGUAUCGAUUCUUUUCGAUAUUUAGCUUGUAAGUAUCGAUACUUGGUAAUGAUCAUAGAUGCAUCGAUGGGUUAGUGGUUACUGUUUUUUUAAUAAAAAUUCUAUCUUUUUGUUUACAAACUGGUUGGCGUUUGCACAAUGUUUUAUGCUUUUCUUAUUUCUCAUAGCGUUAUUGACAUAACUGACGUUUCUAACAUAACCUCACACUUUGACAUGAAUCAAUUGAUUUUUAUGGUAGAGGAAAUUGGAAAACCAAUAUAGAAAGCUUAAAAGACACUCAAGAGGAUUAUUUCUUGAAUUCAUAUUUUAUUAUGUGUGAAGAGGCAUAAUAUAGCGAAAGAUAUUAACUCUAAGUUAGGUUAUGAGAUUCCUUAUUAAAUUCUAUAUUUGGCAGCUGUCAAAAAUGUCAUAACAAUCACAACCCUAACCUAAAAAAUGUUGUUUGGUGUUUUGAAAUCGCCAAACCUGUUUUUCCCGGGUUCUUAAAUAUAAAAGUCAAAAAGUGGCUUUUUAUGAUAGAGCCCUUUAAAUAAUAAAUAAGUAAAAUAUUUAAAUUCACAUAAACAUUCCCGAAGAGAAAUCUGUAAUGGCUUAUAGUCGACAUGGACCGGACUGGUCUUCGGACAGUGAAGACAGCAUAGCAGACGAUGGAGACUAUCAAAAUUUCAAGUCCAAAAUGAAACAGACUUUAAGCCGACCAAUACAGAGAAAACUUACCGAAGAAGACCAGAAAUGGCAAAAUAUUUCGGAGUUUUUCACAGCAGUGUCUAUGGGGGAUAUCAGUGCGGCCAAACAAUUAUUAGCUAAAGAAAAUAUAAACUUAAAUAGUGACCUGCGAGAUGGGUGGGCUGCCCUAAUGCUUUCCUGCAGCUAUGGUAACCCUGAAAUGACCCAGCUAUUGAUAGAUCAUGGGGCUGAUGUAAAUACUCAUAGAGAGUUGAUGACGGUUUUAAUGAUGGCUUGCAACUGUCCAGAGUAUACUGCUCCGUUUGAGAAGUCUUUUAAAGUUAUAAAACUUUUAGUUGAUAAUGGUGCAAAUGUAAAACAAAUAAAUAGGAAAAGGAUGGACGCUUUGAUGUAUGCUGCUUGUAAUGGUAAUUUAUUAGCAGUGGAGUAUUUGCUUCCGAAAUCAGCCAAACAGGCAGUGGAUAAUCAGAAGUGGAGUGCUCUAACAUGGGCGGUGAGCAAUAAUCAGCCUGCUGUCGUUAAAUAUUUGAUUAGUCAAGAUUUUGACUUGCAUUUAAGGGACAUUAGGGGAGAUACACCCCUGGACAUUGCCAGAUCUCACGGACUCGAGGAUGUUUUAAGUUUGUUCCCUAAGAAGGAGGUCGACAUUGUCGAGGAGAUUUUGUUAGGGGCCAGUCUUGAUUUUGAAGACCAUUUUAGGGGGUUGAAAAAAGGAGAACAGCCUCAAUUCUUUGAAGACGUAUGCAAGAUCCUUAUAUCAGUAAAAUGCGAGCACUUAAUACCCUUAUUUAAAGAGAAAAACGUCACUUUAGGGCAGUUCCUAUGCAUGGACGAUGGAGAGCUUAAAAGAUUAGGGGUGAAAUUACCGUUUCAGCGCAAUAGGAUCCUGACGGGAUUACAUCGGUUCCAUAAAACCCCUUUUCAUCCGAAAUCGUUGCACGUUUGCGUGAAAAAUCGCGUUUUUAGUAAUGUGGAUGUUGCAACAGAAAUUUUGUCUGCAAUAAAGCAAAUUAUCGCGAUGGAAGCGAGCAUAAAAUACGUGAUAAAACAUUGGGAAAAGGAGGAUUUGUCUAAGGAGGAACGCGAUAAGAUUCACGAGUAUAUUGGCUUAAUCAAAAUGAAGAUCAAGGGGUUAAAGACCGUUACGAGUAAACUGACUGAAAGAACUAAAGAGUGGGAUGCCUUAGUGUCUCCGGCUGAUUUGAUUACAAAAGACUCCAUAAGGAGCCAUUUUCCAUGGAAGAAGUUUGGUUUUUGUUUCGGUGUUUGUGCUCUCGGAUUAGCUUUUAAGUUUAAAAAUCGUUUAAUAUUAAUAAACAGUUAAUAAGCGUAA